CUAACUAACUAUACGCCAUGGCUUACAAGUUUGUUCUUCUCGCCGCUUUUGUAUCGGUAGCUAGAGCCGGAGUUCUUCCUUAUGCUGCCCCUCUAGUUCAUACCCCAGCUGUUGCCGCUCCCGUAGCUGUUGCUGCUCCAAUUGCGAGGGCCGUUGUUGCUGAAGAUUACGACCACAACCCACAAUAUUCCUUUGGAUACGAUGUACAAGACAGUUUGACAGGUGACAACAAAAACCAAGUGGAAACCAGAAGCGGAAAUGUUGUACAAGGUUCUUACUCAUUGAACGACGCCGAUGGUACCCGCCGUAUUGUAGAUUAUACCGCUGAUGAUGUGAAUGGAUUCAAUGCCGUUGUCCGUAAAGAACCCCUUGUAGCUAAAGCUGUUGUUGCUGCACCCGCUGUAGCCAAAAUCGCCACUCCAGCUGCUGUCGCAGUACCGACCGUAGCUAGAUUAGCAGCUCCGGCGUUGUCCUAUGCUGCUCCUCAUGUAUCCUACACAGCCCCUCAUGUAUCCUAUUCUGCUCCGCACUUAUCCUACUCUGCUCCCAUCGGAUACGCUGCUCCAGCUUUAACCAGAGUAGCUGCCCCUUAUGCCUACGCUGCACCCGCUCAUUUGUCUUACUCUGCUAAUUUAAUUCAUUAA